AUGGAAGAAUCUCACAUCGAGAAAGGAGAAUGCCAAAACAAACUGGAGGUUGCUCCUGCGUUGAUAUCCGUUCAUCCAUCUCAGAAAUCUGUCGCUGUCACUGUCGGGUCGGAUCUUCGUGUAUUCGAUCUCAUAGAGAACUGUCCAAUUACUCUGGUGGAUGAAUCCGAAGGGCCUGCUCAUAAAGAUUCCAUAAGAGCUAUUCGUCAUGGUGCAAGUGGAAAGCUUUUUGUGUCUGCAGGCGAUGACAAGCUCGUUAAGAUCUGGUCUGCAGACUCCUGGCGCUGCCUUAACACCGUAUGCUCUGAGAAGAGAGUUACCGCAGUUGCUAUAAGCAGCGAUGAUUCGUAUGUUUGCUAUGCGGAUAAGUUUGGUGUUGUAUGGGUGGUCGAGCUUGAUGGCAUCAAUGAGGGUAAAGUUUUGCCUGCUAAGAAGGGUGCGUCGCUGCUCUCCCAUUACUGUAGUAUUAUUACUCGCCUGGAUUUUUCUCCAGAUGGUCGCUAUAUUGUUAGUGCAGAUCGGGACUUUAAGAUAAGGGUGACUGUUUUCCCCAAGAAGCCUCUAGAAGGGGCUCAUGAAAUACAGAGCUUUUGUCUUGGACAUACAGAGUUCCUCACCUGCAUAGCAUUUGUCUGGAAUCCAGAGCUUACUCAAGGAUACCUCAUGUCUGGAAGUGGAGAUUCAACUGUUCGUCUGUGGGAUAUUACAUGUGGGUCUCUUCUCGACACAUGUGACGUUAGUACAAUGGUAGGAGAUUUAGAGUCUAGUGAAAGCGAGCCGCCUUCCCAAGUCACAGUUACCGAUAUUUGCACUAUCCCAAAUUCAUCUCUUGCAGCAGCAGCUAUCCAAAGCUUCCAAGGAAUAGUAUUGUUAAGCUGUGAUUUAUCAGCUCAUACUCUCUCUAUCACAAAGGUGAUCAAAAUCCCUGGAGAAAGUUUCAUUCCCACAAGCAUCUCUGUAAGCAAGUUUCUAUGGAUGGUAUCAGGAGCCUCGAACCUACCCGGUUCAAACCAUCCUGGUGUUUCAAGGGUUCGGGUCAUCUCGACCGAAACAUGUUCAGUCCUUGAGGAUGAGCAGAUACCUGGAGGGACAAAAUUGUUGAAGCACUUGCAAGGGAAAGUUAGAGUUGAGGAGAGUGUGAUGAGUGCAGCAGCAGAAGCUGUGAGAGAAGCAAUGUCUAGCCUUUUGAUGAAGAAGCAGUACUCGGACGAGAAGAGAGAGUUCAGAAAAAGAACCAGAAAUGAUAAGAAAACCACACUCUGA